UUAGAAAAGCAAUUAAUUAUUUUGAAUUUUGUAGAUUUUUUAAUUUUGUUUUUUUGCAUAUAUAUUGAUUGAAUAAGUAGUAGUAGCGAAUUCUAUGGUGGAUUUGGGUUGGUUAAAAGCAACAAGUUAGGGUUUUUGAUUCUUCGGGUUUUCAGAUUCCUUUCAAGUCAAAGCAAAGCAAUCGCCUUUUCGUCCAUAUCUUGCUGUGUUGUUUACUCAGACAUCUGCCUGCGCUUGAUCAGCUAUUUUGCUCUUCUCUGCCUUUCACUAAGGCAGAGUUUGAACUAAAACUGAGAUGGAUGUCGCUGCACUUCUAACUUCUGCUGGGAUUAAUGUAGCCAUAUGCAUUGUGCUUGUGUCCCUUUAUUCCAUUCUACGGAAGCAGCCAGCCAAUUAUUGUGUUUACUUUGGCCGAAUGCUCUCUAGCGGAAGAGUUAAACGUCAUGAUCCUCAUUGGUAUGAGAGGUUUGCGCCUUCUCCAAGUUGGCUCCUUAAAGCUUGGGAAACUACUGAGGAAGAGAUGUUGGCUGCUGCUGGUCUCGAUGCUGUGGUUCUCAUCAGGAUGGUCAUUUGCAGCAUUCGUAUUUUCUCAAUCGUUGCAGUCGUUUGCAUUGCCUUCGUGCUACCUGUUAACUAUUAUGGACAAAAGAUGGAGCAUAAGGAAGUCCAUUUGGAGUCAUUGGGAGUAUUCACAAUUGAGAACCUUCAUCAACGCUCACGAUGGCUGUGGGUUCAUUGUCUCUCAUUGUACAUCAUAUCCUCCGCAACUUGUGCUCUUCUUUACUUUGAAUAUAAAAAUAUAACCAAAAGGAGGCUUGCCCAUAUUGCUGAAUCUGCCUCAAAGCCAAGCCAUUUUACUGUUCUUAUUCGUGCUAUUCCUCAGUCUCCUGAGCAGUCCUACAGCGAAACAGUGAGCAAAUACUUCACAAAUUACUAUGCACCAAGCUAUGUGUCGCACCUAAUGGUCUACCGUGAUGGGUUCAUUCAGAGGCUGAGGAAUGAAACGGAGAGGAUGUGUCAGGCUAUGAAACAUGUUUCUUCUGAUUUAAGUUGUAACCCGAGCUUGAAGUCAUGCACCUUUUGUGGACCUGCAGCCACAAAUUCUUUCCAAAUCCUCGCUAACGAGGCAGACAGUGUGAAAACACUGGAGCUUGGUGAGUUGACUUUGGCUACGACGGAGGAAGAACGUCCCGUUGCUUUUGUGUUUUUCAAGAGUCGUUAUGAUGCUCUUGUUGUUUCGGAGGUUCUUCAAACACCAAAUCCUAUGUUAUGGGUGGCAGACUUGGCUCCAGAGCCUCAUGAUGUUCAUUGGAGGAAUCUCAGAAUACCUUAUCGGCAACUUUGGAUGCGAAGAAUAGCAACCCUUGUUGGUGCUAUUGCCUUCAUGUUUGUGUUUCUUUUUCCUGUUGCCUUUGUUCAAGGGCUGACUCAACUACAAACGCUAUCCAAGAAUUUCCCUUUCCUAAAAGACUUCUUGAACAGGAGGAAUUUUGUGAACCAGGUCAUCACAGGGUACUUACCAAGUGUGAUUUUGGUUCUAUUCUUUUAUGCCGUUCCACCAUUGAUGAUGUACUUUUCAACCUUGGAGGGGUGUGUUUCUCGGAGUCUAAGAAAGAAAAGUGCAUGUAUCAAAAUUUUGUACUUCACCAUCUGGAAUGUGUUCUUCGUCAAUAUUCUAUCAGGCUCUGUUAUCAGGCAAUUGGCUGUAUUGUCUAGUGUGAGGGACAUACCUGCACAACUUGCCAAACUAGUUCCAGCACAAGCUGGCUUCUUCAUGACCUAUUGUUUCACAUCUGGUUGGGCCGGUUUGGCAUGUGAAAUCAUGCAACCUGUUGGGCUCAUCUGGAACCUGAUAAGAAAAGUUAUUGUCAAGAACAAGGAGGACUCGUAUGAAACACUUAGGUUUCCAUACCAUACAGAAAUUCCGCGACUACUCUUGUUCGGGCUCCUGGGACUCACCAAUUCAGUCAUAGCGCCUCUAAUAAUGCCGUUCCUGUUGAUCUACUUUUUCUUCGCAUAUCUUGUAUACAAAAAUCAGAUAAUCAACGUUUAUAUUACAAAAUAUGAAAGCGGUGGACAAUAUUGGCCUAUUUUUCACAACACGACAAUCUUUUCACUGAUCUUGUCGCAAGUUAUAGCUCUAGGCUUUUUCGGUUUAAAGCUAUCAACGGUUGCUUCAGGUUUCACCAUUCCAUUAAUUCUUCUGACUCUUCUGUUUAGUGAGUAUUGUCGGCAGAGGUUUGCGCCCAUAUUCCAGAAAUAUCCAGCCGAGAUUUUGAUCGCUAUGGACCGAGCAGAUGAGGUGAAAGGAAAGAUGGACGAGAUACAUAACAACUUGAAAGCUGCAUACUCUCAGAUACCAUCAUUAUCGUGUUCUCAGGAAUCGAGCAAAGCUGGUUGCAGUUCACCUGGCUCAGAUCAGGAGUUACCAGAUUCUGAACAAUUGAAGCCUGAGAAAGAGAGUCUUAAAGCUGAAUACAUCUGGGCGUUCCAGAGAAGUAAAUCUGGUCAUGAUCUUGAGGUGAAAUCCUGCCCCAGUGCUUCACCAAAUCGUUAUUCUCCAGGAUUUGCUGAGAUAUACAAACGAACUUAAAUACUUUUGAGCUACAAUCUCUGCAGAAGAAAAAGUGUCCAAAAUUGAGUUACAAAUUUAGAAGUUGAGACCCUUAUGGGUGAUGAAAGUAAGAUGUGUGGCAGCCAUCUCGAAAUAUAAACAGUUCUACCUGCUAAAACGAAAUGUGAAUUUUAUAGUUACUGCAGGAGGAAAUGAAACUAUGGUCAGAACCACUUUUGUACAAAGAUUCUUUUUAAGUAGUUUUGUGAAAGACAAUGAUAUUACUAUAUAGAGA